GUGGGAAAUGUAGUAGCUGUCACGGCCGUCCGCAGGAGGAGGAUGGAUGUGUAAGAGGACGGAUCGAGCCAGCUGUGGCCUGCGUCUAACAGCAACAUCUGGCCGGGUCAAAGAGGGCGCCUCAGCAGCCAGCCGGCUCUGGACUACAGUGGGCAGGUGGAGGCGAUGGAGGAGGGCGACACAGAAGGGGAAGGGCCCGUGGUGGCCAGAGAGGGGCCGAGCGGUCACAGCCACCCUUCGGACUCCAGCGGCACCACCACUACCAACCUCCUGGCUUCUGUCAAGGAGCAGGAACUCCAGUUUGAGCGGCUGACUCGGGAGCUGGAGGAGGAGCGGCAGAUUGUGGCUAGCCAGCUGGAAAGGUGCAUGCUGGGAGCCGAGUCACCUGGAGGAGACAGUAGCAGCUCAUCCGAGAAGUCGUUUGCAUGGAGAUCCGCAGGCGGAGAGUCUCAAGGCGGAGCCACGGAGGCGUCCGGAUGUCCUGGUCGUCACCUGGAGGCAGAGGAGGGACUCUUCCUGCCUGAGCCGGACCGCGCCUCCCUACAUGACAGUGAGGGCUCGGGAGGUCACUCAGCCCAGAUGACAUCGUAUUCAGACAGCGGCUACCAGGACAGCAGCGUCAGUUAUUACAGCAACCAGAACGUGGUGCGCUCGGAGCCCCGAGCAUCAAUAUCCAGAAGCCCGAGAGCAGAAGGUCAAGCCUCUGGGCAGGCCUCCAGCCGGGUGUUACGGAGGAUGGCCUCCCUCCCCUCCAGGAGCCAGUCUCCUGGCUGCGGCACCGCCGGGACAGUCUCACCUUCCCGCAUCUCCCUGCGAACAUCCCAAGGCAGCACGUACGACUCGCCCAUCCUAUCCGAGCCCAAACCACUGGCUGCUGUUUUCCCAGGCACCACCAUGCCGCCCUCCUGCCCAUCGCCAACCUCCCCGACUGACGCCACCCAAGGCAGAGUAGGUGGUGGAGGAGGAGGAGGAAUAGGAGGGGGAGGAGGAAGUGGAGGACGGCUGGGCUCCACCCUUUCCUUGAUCGAGGGGAGAGGUUCGACGGGGUCACCGCUGCGUUCAGGGAUGACAGCGGUGCCGCAGCACUACGGCUCCACGCUGCCCAGGCAGAGCCAGCCACUGGCAUACGGCGCCGAUCCAUACGGCCUGUACCAGAGGAGCGCGCUGCCCCGCCCCGACAGCCUCAUAGGGCUCCACAGCUCAUACGCCGGCCACGGUGGGCAAAUAGAUCCAGAGCUGAGGGCGGCAUUGUCUCCAGACUGCCACAUGACGCCUGUUUUCGAUGAGCGCUCCUUCCAUAGCCCCCUGUACCACAGCCCCACCCACGACCCACAGGGCUCCCUCUACAGGCCAAACACAGGAAUGGGGACCCUCCCUCGGACCACAAGCCAUUGCAGCACGCUGCCGUACCAAAGAAGCAGCAGCUAUGGGCUGAGCUCUGCAGCUGUAUACAUCGACUCCUUCCGGGUUCCCGGCGAGCCCGUCUUCUCCCACAGGCACUCUGGACUGGUGGAACAGGUGGUCACCCGAACCCCGUCCAUCGAGAGCAUCCAUAAGGACCCCAGGGAGUUUGCUUGGCGUGACCCCGAGCUGCCCGAGGUCAUCCACAUGCUGCAGCAUCACUUCCCCUCUGUACAAGCCAACGCCGCCGCCUACCUGCAGCACCUGUGCUACGGAGACAACAGGGUCAAGGUGGAGGUUUGUCACCUGGGAGGGAUCCAGCACCUGGUGGACCUCCUAGAUCAUAAGGUGGCCGAGGUUCAGAAGAGCGCCUGCGGGGCCCUGAGGAACCUGGUGUAUGGCAAGGCCACCGAUGACAACAAGGUGACGCUGAGGAACUGUGGCGGCGUGCCGGCCCUGCUCCGCCUCUUCAGGAAAACGACUGACAAUGAAGUCCGUGAACUGGUCACCGGCGUCCUGUGGAACCUCUCCUCGUGUGAUGCGGUGAAGAUGACCAUCAUCCGUGAUGCUCUGUCCACGCUGACCAACACUAUCAUCAUCCCCCACUCAGGCUGGAGCAGCGUCUCUCACCGCGACGAGCACAAAGUGAAGUUCCAGUCCUCCCUGCUGCUGCGCAACACCACCGGCUGCCUGAGGAACCUGAGCUCAGCAGGGGAGGAGGCGAGGAGUCAGCUGCGUUGCUGUGAAGGUCUGGUCGACUCGCUGCUCCACGUCCUCAGAGCCUGCGUCAACACCUCCGAUUACGACAGCAAGAUUGUGGAGAACAGCGUCUGCACCCUGAGGAACCUCUCGUACCGCCUGGAGGUGGAGAUGCCCUCUUCCCGUCUCCUCGGCAACCAGGAGCUGGACACCCUGCUGGGGUUCUCCUCCCCAGCCAAGGAGCUGGACUACCUCUGCUGGGGCAAGAGGAGGCGCGGCAGGAAAAGGGGCGGCUGGCCCGACACCAAGUGGGACGGCGUUGGGCCAAUCCCGGGUUUCUCCCAGUCUCUGAGAGGGGCGGAGCUGCUGUGGCACCCGAUGGUGGUGAAGCCGUACCUCAACCUGCUGGCUGAAAGCUCCAACCCUGCCACACUGGAGGGCGCCGCCGGGUCCCUGCAGAACCUCUCCGCAGGAAACUGGAAGUUCUCUGCAUACAUCCGAGCGGCGGUGCGUAAGGAGAAGGGCCUUCCCAUCCUGGUGGAGCUGCUGAGGAUGGACAACGACCGGGUGGUCUGCUCUGUUGCCACCGCUCUUCGCAACAUGGCGCUGGACAGCCGCAACAAGGAGCUGAUAGGAAAGUACGCUAUGCGGGAUCUGGUGAACCGGCUCCCCGGUGGCACUCCCUCAGUGCUGUCGGAUGACACUGUGGCGUCGGUCUGCUGCACGCUGCACGAGGUCAUCAGCCGCAACAUGGAGAACGCCAAAGCUUUAGCCGACAGCGGAGGCAUAGAGAAACUGGUGGACAUCAGCAAAGGACGAGGGAAAGGUUAUUCGAUGAAGGUUGUGAAGGCAGCUGCUCAGGUGUUGAACACACUGUGGCAGUAUAGAGAGCUGAGGACCCUCUACAAAAAUGAUGGAUGGAACUACACCCACUUCGUCACCCCCGUCUCCACUCUGGAGCGGGACCGCUACCGCUCUCAGCCAACCCUGCCCACCAGCCCGAUGCAGAUGUCCCCCGUCAUCCAAUCAGGCGGUAGUGCAACAUCCUCGCCAGCGAUGCUCGGGAUAAGAAGACACAGUUCAAACUAUCAGAGGGCCCAGUCAUCUAUGCAACUUGACACGUAUUAUGGAGACAACAGUUUACACAAACAGCAGUACACAGGGUCAGAGAAGAAAACCCCAUAUUUCAUUGGGACAUAUUCCUCCCAAUCAGGAGAGGACUUGAGAAGAUCCCAGCACCCAGAGCCAUUCUACGAUGAACCCGACAGGAAGAACUUCAACAGCUACAGAAUGUACCUGUCGUCCCCGCAAGGCUACGGCGAGGAGCACUUCGAGGACGAACCGGCCCACUUGACCCCUUCGUCCCCCGACGGCUACGCCACCCAGUCGCUCCGAUUCAAAGCCAACACCAACUACGUGGACUUCUACUCCACCACACGGAGGCCUUCAAACAGGGCGAACAAGUUCACCGGCUCCCCCGACUCAUGGGUGUAGGAAGAAAGUGGAUGCCACGUACGCUGAGCCUUCCCUGUGUUGGCCGUCUGGGUGUCUGUGUGCAGGGAGUGCACUGUAUGGCUGCGUGAAAGGUGUGUGUGUGUGUGUGUGUGUGUGUGAGUGAGUCUAUUGCAACUGUGCUGAAUGACCAGGGCUUAGUUUGCCAUGUGCAGCUUUUGACUAAGUCAGACCGCACGAUAAUGCCCAAAUACCACUAACCAACCCUUUAAUUUUUGAUUCCCACACUAAAAGAAGUUUAUUGGAUAAUAUAAAUAAGCAAUCAGUGCAGUGCCAUGUGAUAUGUUGGAAACAGUUCUCUAGUUUUAUGAGCUUCAGUCUGCAAAACUAGAAGACUCAUUUCCAACAUGUUUGGUCGUUGCUUAUAACUUAUAAUUUCCAAAUGUAUGUAAAGCUGUUGGUUAAAGGCAAAGACAGUCUAAAAAUGUAGCCACCAUUACCUAACCCACUGCUCAGUGGAGUCCCUUUGAGCUCAGUGUCUUCUUGGUGUUUUCCAGCCAGGUGUGACAAAUGAGAUCUACCAUACCCACUACCAUACUGUGCUUUAUCACCCUUGUUGACACUAAUGGGGACUAUAAUUUACAAAAUAAACAUCAUGUUGUACUCAGUAAGACUUGAAACUAGCAACUGAGACCAUAAACUCACGGGGAAAAUGCUUACUGAGGUCACAGGGCUGGUUUCCCAUAGACUUCUGAUACAAUAGGAUAUCAUUUUGCCCCCUGCUGGUCAUUAGAAAGAAUGCAGAUGUAAGGCGCUUCACUGGUUUUCCCGAAGCAUCGUCUAUAUUUUAUACACAAUCUACGGUAGGAGCCAGAAAGAUGGAGGUGAUGAAAUCACAAGGACCUUAAAAUAUCACAGCUGACGAGGCGUCUGAAUAUAGAGCUGAUUUAGGAGCGCCAUUCCACUUCCUGUUAAUCCCACAGUAGAUAAGUUGGCUGCACUUCCACAAUGGGGCGCUCAUAAGGUUCUCAGUGAAUACUGCUGCUUCUAGACCAAAAAGCCCACAUUUUAUUUUAGCUUAAAUCAUAUGGAUAAUGUGUCCGAACUGAAAUAAAACAGCACUAAUAUCUUUUAGUUUCUGUUACAGGGUGUAUGCUGAUUGGUCCAUUAGAGGAUUUGCGAUAGCACGUCAGUGUUAAACCACAAUAGAAACUUUCAUGUUGUGUAUAAGAAGGUGCUGGUUAGGUAUGUUACUGUAAUCAAAACCCAAUUAAAAGAAAAUCAUAAAAUGGAACUAUAUCAAUUGUCUCGACCCCCACCCCAAAUCAAAGAAUAUGAUUAAAAACUACCAGAAAUAAAAUUCUUAACCAAUAAAAUUGACAUAUUUGGACUACAGCUCUACUCGGAGCUCCCCAGUUAUUCUGGACUAACUCAUAAGCAUGCCUGUGAAACCGUAAGUGAGAGAGUGGUGAUGAGACUCAGUGUGUUAACCACUGCAGGGGUUAUAAUUUGGAAAUCAAGUGUGAACAACCCUUGAGAUUCAAAAGCCAGUCUUGUUUUGAUUGUACUUAAUUGGAUCAUUUGACCACCAGCUACCAUUUAAGGAAGAUUUAGGAUUUUCGUUGAUUGUUCCUUGUAAACGAUGACCGGCACAUGAAACCAGAAAUCUUGGGCUUUGACAUUUCUCCCAGAAGCUAAGUCAUCAGACUACCCAAUGGGUUCCCAAGGCUUAGUCAAAAGGUGCUUUUUAAACAAAAAAAAAACAAAAACAAGCCCUAACAUUGUUGUUUACGCGAGUGUUUGUUCACAUCAUCUGACUUCAUUUUUCUCUGCAGUAAAAGUGUGCAGUGAGUUGGCUUUAUAACAUUAAUAUCAUCUGCCAGCAUCAGCUUGAAUGCGAGAGAAAAAAGAAACUUACUGAAGCUGAGGAUCACACCUGGGACAAAUGCUAUUUACCAGUAAAUAAAACCACUACUCCAAACAAGAUAAAAGCUGCUCUAAAUAGUAUUUGACCUGGGUUUGGAGGUGGGCAUCCUCACUCUCGUGAACCUUUAAAGACUCAGAGAACCGGGGUUAUACCUGUAACCCUCUGCUUUUCUGUAAUGUUGGCCAAAAGUGCAGUAUAUCAUAAAGUAUGUGAAAUAUGUGAGGAAAAAAAAAAAAACCGUGAAAAUUAUUUGUACAGAUAAAAAUGGUUUAACCGUCCUGUUAUAUUGUUGUAUUCAAUAUGUAGAACUUUCUAUGUGACUGUGAGGAAGAUUUUUGUAUUAUUAUUUUUAUUCAUUUAAUUGUGACCUGACCAAAAUACCCCAUCUGUCUGUUCUGUCCAAAACUGAUGAUGAUAAUGUGCUACAGAUGUUACAGAGGGAAAUAUAUGUAUAGGGAUUAAAGAUUAUAUCAUGAAGAG